AUGUCGCGUAGGUACGAUUCACGUACGACGACAUUUUCGCCGGAAGGGCGACUGUACCAGGUCGAAUAUGCCAUGGAGGCCAUCUCGCAUGCGGGUACUGUGCUCGGUAUCCUAGCCACCGACGGCGUCGUGCUCGCGGCUGAAAAAAAGGUGACGAGUAAGCUGCUGGAGCAGGACAAGAGCAGCGAAAAGAUCUUCCAGCUCAGUGGCAAUGUCCUUGCUGGCGUGGCCGGCAUGACGGCCGAUGCCAACUCUCUGGUGAACUACGCCCGCAAUGCGGCACAGAAAUACUUGCUUUCGUACGAUGACGAUAUCCCUGUCGAGCAGCUUGUCCAGCGUCUCUGUGACUUGAAGCAGGGCUACACACAGUUCGGUGGUCUGCGUCCCUUCGGUGUAUCGCUGCUGUACGCUGGCUACGAUCCGCAUCACUCGUUCCAGCUGUACCACUCCGAUCCCUCCGGCAACUAUUCGGGCUGGAAGGCGACGUGUGCCGGUAUGAACAAUGGCACAGCGACGAGUCUGUUAAAGCAAGACUACAAGGAAGAUAUGAAUAUCCAAGAUGCUUUGGGCCUCGCUGCGCGUGUGCUUAGCAAGACCAUGGACACCACGACGAUGGAGAGUGACAAGCUGGAAUUCGCUGUACUGAAAUUGAAUCCACGGACGCAAGAGCCACAGCCAUAUAUUCUCUCGCCCAAGGACAUUGAUCAGGUGCUUCAGCGGCACGGUCUGGCCAAAGCGACUGAUGCCACAGGGGGGGACGCCAUGGCACUCGAUGCAUAG